GGGCUCACUGAGUCAAGGAUGAGGAAGUAACACGUCAGACUCCAUUUAGAGGGCGAGCAAGCACAGCAGAGGCAGAAGACCAGUAAAUUUCAAGAGACGAGUUCCCACUUUCCCCCUUUCUGAAGUCUGCUGUGUCUUCAGUGUUGCUGGUUUUCGUCUCAGACCGACUGAAGUCUAGAAGAUGAAUGAUUUAGAAGAAGAUGAAGACAGACCAGUGUCUCCAGUAUCCAGCUGUCUGUCUAUGAGGAGUGACUCGUCCAAAGGUUUGAACUUCAGUAAUCAACCUGGACCAUCAGACGCAAAGGGUCAGUACCAGAGAGCAGAGUCUCUAGUAUCCAGCUGUCUGUCUAUGAAGAGUGACUGGUCCAAAGAUUCACCUCCAUUCUUCAGUAAUGAACCUGGACCCUCAGACACAAAAGGUCAGUACCAGAGGGCAGAGUCUCCAGUAUCCAGCUGUCUGUCUAUGAAGAGUGACUGGUCCAAAGAUUCACCUCCAUUCUUCAGUAAUGAACCUGGACCCUCAGACACAAAAGAGAGGAAUGGGAGGGGUGUUUCUGUGGAGGAGCAGCUGUCCUGCUGUUCAUUGUGUCAGGACACCCUGAAGGAUCCAGUCUCUACCAGCUGUGGACACUGGUUGUGCAGACAGUGCACCACCUCAUACUGGCACCAGUCUGCUUCAUCAGGAGACUCCUCCUGUCCCAAGUGUGCAGAAAGAUCCAGAACAACACCUGGACUGCAGACAGACAGCCAGAGCAGCACUGUACAAAUGGAUGACAGUCUGCAGAAGGUUUUAAAUGAACAUAAGAUCAGUCUGAGGAGGAGAUGUCAACAUGUGACUCAAGGAACUGAUGAAGCAGUAAGUGAAACCCUCCUCAACAGGAUCUACACUGAGCUCUACAUCACAGAGGGACAGAGUGAAGAGGUUAAUACCCAACAUGAAGUGAGGCAGCUUGAGACAGCUUCCAAGAUGAAGAUCCUCCAAGACACUCCAAUCAAGUGCCACAACAUCUUUAAAGUCUUACCUGACCAACAGAAACACAUCAGAGUUGUUCUGACGAACGGUGUUGCUGGCAUUGGAAAAACUUUCUCAGUGCAAAAGUUCACUCUGGACUGGGCAGAGGGCUUGGAAAACCAAGAUGUCAGUCUGGUGAUUCUGCUUUCAUUCAGGGAGCUGAACUUGAUCAAAGAUGAGCAGUACAGUCUUCUCAUGCUAAUCCAUGAUUUCCAUCCAACAUUGCAGAAGGUCACAGCAGAGAAGCUUGCUGUCUAUAAAGUUUUGUUCAUUUUUGAUGGCCUGGAUGAAAGCAGGCUCUCACUCGAUUUCACGAACAGGAUGAUUGUGUCUAGUGUCACACAGACGUCAUCAGUCAACAUGCUAUUGACAAACCUUUUCAAGGGGAAUCUGCUUCCCUUGGCUCUCAUCUGGAUAACUUCCCGACCUGCGGCAGCCAGUCAGAUCCCUCCUACAUGUGUUGACAGGGUAACAGAGGUUCGAGGCUUCACUGAUGCCCAGAAGGAGGAGUACUUCAGGAGGAGAUUCAGUGAUGAAGAGCUGUCCAGGAGAAUCAUCUCACACAUCAAGACAUCCAGGAGCCUCCACAUCAUGUGUCACAUCCCAGUCUUCUGCUGGAUCAUUGCUACAGUUCUGAAGCACAUGUUGACUACAGACCAGGGAGGAGAGCUUCCCAAGACCCUGACUGACCUGUACUCACACUUCCUUCUGGUUCAGACAAAGAGGAAGAAGCACAAGUAUGAUGAGGCACAUGAGAGUCCACAGGAGCUGACGGAGGCUGACAGGGAUGUUCUUCUGAAGCUGGGGAGGCUGGCGUUUGAACAUCUGGAGAAAGGGAACAUCAUGUUCUACCAAGAAGACCUGGAGCGCUGUGGUCUUGAUGUCACAAAGGCCUCAGUGUUAUCAGGAUUUUGUACAGAGAUCUUCAAAAGAGAGAGUGUGAUCUUCCAGAAAACAGUCUACAGCUUUGUUCAUCUGAGCGUUCAGGAGUUUCUGGCUGCAGUCUACAUGUACCACUGUUACACCAACAGGAAGACAGAGGCACUAGCGGACUUCCUGGAAGAUAUGGAUGAUGAAGAAGAAGAGGAGGAAGAAGAAGAAGAUGAUGAUGAUGAUGAUGAUGAUGAUGAUGCUGACAGGGACAUUAAUCAUUACACAUCUCUGGAUGUCUUCCUGAUGGGAGCAAUGGAGAAAUCUCUCAGAAGUAAAAAUGGUCACCUUGACCUGUUUGUUCGCUUCCUUCAUGGCCUCUCUCUGGAGUCCAACCAGAGGCUCUUAGGAGACUUGCUGGGUCAAACAGAGAACAGUCCCAAAAUCAUUCAGAGAGCCAUCAACAAGCUGAAGGAGAUGAAUACGCACAGAAUCUCUCCAGACAGAAGCAUCAACAUCUUCCACUGUGUAAUAGAGAUGAAUGACCGCUCAGUACAUCAGGAGAUCCAAGAGUUCCUGAAGUCAGAGAACAGAUCAGAGAAGGAACUCUCUGAUAUCCACUGCUCAGCUCUGGCCUACAUGCUGCAGAUGUCAGAGGAGGUUCUGGAUGAGUUGGACCUAAAGGUGUACAGAACAUCAGUGGAGGGACGACAGAGACUGAUCUCAGCUGUGAGGAACUGCAGAAAGGCUCGGCUUUCUGACUCUGGACUCUCUGUGACUCACUGUGAACUCUUGGCCUCAGCUCUGAAGUCCAACCCCUCCCAUCUGAGAGAGCUGGAUAUGAGUGGAAAUUAUCUGCAGCAUUCAGGGGUGAAGAUGCUGUCUGCAGGACUUAAGAGUCCAUAUUGUAGACUACAGACUCUGAGGCUUGAUCGAUGUGAACUGUCAGAGAGCUCCUGUAUUUUUCUUGCCAUGGCUCUGAAGUCCAACCCCUCCUAUCUGAGAGAGCUGGAUCUGAGUGACAACUACCUUCAGGAUUCAGGAGUGAAGCUGCUGUUUCCGGAAUUUGCAAGUUCAGAUUCCCGACUGGAGACCCUGAGAUUGAGGUGCUGUGGCUUGGCGGAGGUCAGCUGUGCUUCUCUGGCCUCAGCUCUGAAGUCCAACCCCUCCCAUCUGAGAGUGCUGGAUCUGAACAAUAACAACUUGCAGGAUUCAGGAGUGAAGCUGCUUUGUCAUUUUCUGGAGACUCCACACUGUGGACUGGAGACUCUGAGAUUGAGUUGCUGCAGGUUGUCAGAGAUCAGCUGUGCUUCUCUGGCCUCAGCUCUGAAGUCCAACCCCUCCCACCUGAGAGAGUUGGAACUGGGUAAUAACAAGCUGCAGAAUUCAGGAGUGAAGCUGCUGUCUGAUGUACUGGAGAGUCCAAACUGUAGACUGGAGACUCUGAGGCUGUCACGUUGUCUGGUCACACAUGAAGGCUGUUCUUCUCUAGCCUCAGCUCUGCAGUUCAACCCUUCCCACCUGCGAGAGCUGGAUCUGUGCCUCAACAAGCUGCAGGAUUCAGGAGUGAAGCUGUUGUGUGAAUUUUUGGAGAUUCCACACUGUAGACUGGAGACUCUGAGAUUGAGUUGGUGCAGAUUGUCAGAGAUCAGCUGUGCUUCUUUGGCCUCAGCUCUGAAAUCCAACCCUUCCCAUCUGAGAGAGCUGGAUCUGAGUAACAACAAGCUGCAGAUUUCAAGAAUGAAGCUACUGUGUGAUCUUAAGGAAAGUCCACACUGUAGACUGGAGACUCUGAGGGUGUAGACAGACGUGAGGUAUGACAUGAGGAGGGAUGGAGACACCAGAACAAAGAAAAGGUCCUGAUCCCUCAUUGGCUUCCCACCCAACCAAUACAGUGCGUCCCUGCCAUAGAACCCUGGCUGCUGUGGAGUGAUAUUGUGAUACUGGUUGCCCCUGGCUCAACUGCUAGUACCAGCUCUUAUUCCUGUUGUUUGUUUAAGCCGGAGAAUAUACCGGAGCUCUCCAGCUCUGGCCAAGGUACAAAGACUCCUCCACCACCACGCAACAACAGCAAGGCUCUACGGCCAGAACAAGGAGACUCUGCUGACUCACACAACAGUUUAAACACAAUCACAGUGUCACAGUCUGUGCUGAAAUGAUGGCCAAUGUGGGUAUUUAGCCAGGAUCCUCAUGCAUUUAACCUGAGUGGGUAUCACGUUCAGUCAUGGCUAGACUACUCUGUAAAGCAAGAUGCACACUCUUACUUCCCCUGUCGAUUAUUGGUGCCACAAAUUAUAAAGAUGUUAUAAUUACAAAAUGACAACCAACUAAUUAGAAAAGUGAAAUGGAGAUGGACGGGGGAUUCCACAAGCAUGCAUCCUGCUACUGCCAAGCUUCUUCCGUGUGGGCAGAGAAGGUGAAAACUGUAGUUAAACUGUGGCCCACCUGCUAGGUCCAAACCAGAUUAAAAAUAACCAGUGCUAUUAUGCUAUCUGCCUUUAUGCCUGCUGUGUGUUGCUUUAAAUCGAAAACAAAUAUUAAAAUGCUGACACAGCAUGGUUUUGUUUUAAAGUGUGAUUGUACAUGAGACAGAUGCAACAUUGAGACUGUAAAUAUUGAUCUGGCAGUGGUGCACAUGAUGCAAGCUGAGCCAUGUGUCAAAAACCUUUUUUUGUGGUUUCAGGUUUGCGUCACUCUUUCCUUAAUCAUCACGGAAAUGCACCUGCUCUGAUAAGCCUGAAGCAAAUACAAUGGAUUGGUCACUUCAGUGUUACUAGGGGUUUUUCUUGAAAGUCAGCAUGCUAUCUUGGAUGUUCUCUCUGAGCUGUGUCGAGUCACUAAGUCUCAAGUCUUAGUCGAGUCCCCAUUACCUGAAUCCGAGUCAUCAAGGUUGAGUCUGAGUCGAGUUCCAAGAUGGGCUCCAGUGCUCCACUCUGGCACAGUCGAAGAACUGACAUACAAAUAAAAAGGUUUCCAUUAAACAAAAAUGACACAGCUGUCAUUUUUCAUAUUAAUAUUAAUGAUGCACUGAUUGCAAUUUCGCUUGGCCGAUUCUGAUUUCCAAUUUUUUAAAAGUCUGACCUACCGAUUCCUUUUUUUGGUGAUUCUGAUUUUC